AUGGCUUCAACGUUGGAGUCACUGGCAUCGACGAUCCACACAAAGGCCCUCGAACUAGCCGAGCUCAGUAAAGAAAAUGGCAUCAACCCAAGUCUCGAUGACCCCGUCGCAUCAGACCUGUCAAGCGUGACGCCUCUAGCAACUCGAAAUGAGCUCAUCCAGGCAGCCAAAGAUCUUCUCUAUCUGGCAAUGGGUCCAACAGACCAUGUCCUGAGUCUAGCCUGGUCGGCCGGGGAUGCCGCCAACCUAGACCUCCUAACCCGCUUCCAAGUCCCACAGCACGUCCCACUGAACUCUUCAAUCACAAUCCCCGAGCUAUCAACAGCAACCCGUCUCCCCGAAGACGUCCUAGCCCGAGGUAUCCGCUACGGCAUCGCAAACGGACUCUUCCAGGAGAUAAGCCCAGGCGUAUUCACCCAUUCUGCGGCAUCAGCAGCCCUAGCUAGUAAUUCGCACCUGCGAAAUGUCGUGCACUUUGGCACCGAGUUCCUGCAGAAUAUUCUGAUGCACGUUACUCCAACCAUGCUGGCGCAGCUGGAUGAAAACACAGACAAGGUCCCCGAGACGGCGUUCAACCGCGCGUACAAUACGGAGCAGAAUCUGUUUGAGUAUUUCGCUCACUCGAAAGAUCUCAAUAAGAAGUAUCAUGAGUACCUCAUGGGACGAGUGAAUACGCCAUUGUGGUCGAUGGAUCGGCUGCGCGCAGCCUGGGAUUGGGGUAGUCUUGGAUCGAAGACUAUUGUUGAUAUUGGCGGAUCAUCCGGACACACAGUUCUAGCAAUAGCGCCUCUAGCACCAGAAGCGCAGUUCAUCGUGCAAGACCAGAACACCGAUGCACUGGAAAUGGGAAAGAAACUCGUCCUGGUCUCGCCGCAGGUCGGUGAUCGAUCACGAAUCACCUUCCAGGAGCACGAUUUCUUCAAAGAGCAGCCCGUCAGUGCGGAUGGGUAUAUUCUGCGGCAUAUCCUACAUGACUGGAAUGAUGAAGACUCCAUUGCUAUUAUCAAGGCGUUGCUGCCGGCACUAAAGCCCAAUGCGAAGGUCUUUAUUAGUGAGGGGAUCUUGCCAGAUCCACCAGCUAAGCGGUUGAACACAUUGACGAACAAGAUGAUUCUUAUUGAGGAUCAGUUCAUGCUUGCAGCUCAUAAUGCGCGUGAACGGACGGUCGGUGACUUUGUGAGGGUGUUUGAGGCGGCGAGUCCGAGGUUCCGGCUGGUGGGUGUUACGUCUGGUGCUGAAGCUGGGGCGUUCCAGUCAUUGUUGGAGUUUGAAUUUGUGUGA